AUGCUCGCCCGUUCUCUCAUUGCCACUGCCAUCGCCGCGACUGCAGUCGCCGCGUUCCCCGAAGCCGUCAGCGUCGAGAUCGCCGCCCGUCAGGCGGGCACCUGCGCGAACGAGUGCCUCAACUUGCCGACCUAUGACCAGGUCUGCAGUGCCAGGGACAAGCUUAACAGCUGUGCCACGUGCGCGAAGAGCACUGGCAACUCGGACCUCAUCAACAGCGUCACCCAGCUGCAGCAGAUGGCCGACUCGAAGUGCGGCUCGAGCUCGAGCUCGAGCAGCAAGCCGUCGUCCGGCACCAAGGCAUCGGUCGGCGCCGGCGCCGUCGGCGUUGCCGUUGCGGUCGUGGCUGGCGUAUCGCUCUUCUAA